AUGACACCAUCUAUAGCCCUCGAUGCCACCGGUGCAUGCUCAAACUCCUUCCCCUCCACGAAAUCUACCUCACCCCCAGACUCCUUCCACAGACUCGUUGCAGACCUCUCCAGAAUCCUCGGACCAUCUUCUGGCCUCACAUCCGCCGAUGUAGAUGUAGAGGAACCUCAAUCCUUAAUGGAAAACUACAUAUCCAACGAAGACGAAUGGAAACAAUAUGCAUUUGCGGAUCUAAGUAGAGGCUACACCAGAAAUUUGGUCGAUGAAGGGAAUGGAAAAAGUAACCUGUUAAUCCUCGUCUGGACUCCCGGAAAAGGCUCCCCACUCCAUGACCACGCCGACGCGCACUGUCUCAUGAAAGUCCUCUCAGGAACCCUCACCGAAACACGCUACACAUUCCCCUCUACCAGCAUCCGGCAAUCCUCCCUCUCCUCCGAUACCCAACCCAUCCCCGCUCCACCCACAAUAAUAAAAACCACCACCUACACCACCAACCAAGUAACCUACAUGUCAGACAAUCUCGGACUCCACAAAAUCUCCAAUCCGUCGCCUCACAGUGUAGCAAUGUAA